UUGUCAUCCCGUGGUUCUCGCAUUAAACAUGCACAACACCGGCAUCAUUCUUCUUCGAAAGGUUCAGGGCAUCACGAUUCUUCUCAACAAGCAGGAGGGCACGAUACACGCGAAAGUGGCACUGACAGGAAGCACAGUCACCACCGUCAUCAUUCAAAACACAGUACGAGCGGAAGCGGCCGUCGGGAUCAAGAUAAUGAUGAACGAGAGCGCCAGACUUUGGCAGAAGAAGACCAUGUUGAGGACGGUGCUACCGAGGAUACGGGUGGGCAUGGGCUUUCCUUUUCUGACGUCCAAAGUUCGCGACCUGAGGCUGAAUGUGAAAAAGAAAGGCGGCCCAAGCGUGGUGGUAGAGCAUCUACGCAGGAUCAUGAUGAACAGAUGCACCACAAAAGGCACUCGUCAUCUCGCAAACAUGCCCACCAUGGUAGUCAUCGCCAUCGGGAGAACGUGUCAAACUCGAAGAACAGCAUCAACUGACCUUUUUUCCUCAGUCGGUCCCUUUUCCUUGCAACUCUGCGAUCUGUUUUCUAAUGGUCAAUUUCCGAUAGAUUUCUCUCUUCGGAUGUGGACUACUAGAAAUUAUUUCCUGUUAUGGUUUGAAAUACAAAAGACAUCUGAGAUCAGGCAAAAAUGUCGAGAAGUCGAAAGUCAAAUUCGAUGA